AUGAAAUCUUCGCUUUUGAAAGUUAGGGAGAAGAGGAAUAAUAUAGACCGCAGUUUCUUUCGGUUCUCAAAGGAAGAAAUAAGGUGCAAGCAAUGGGUACAUGCUGCCGGUCGUCCAGAGUUGAUAAAUAAAACUGUGGAAAUUCUCAAUAAAACUUACUUCAUUUGUGAUUUUCAUUUUCAAGCAACGGAUCGUCUUGUAAAGAAAUUGAAGACUGAUGUAAUUCCAACUCUGAAUUUGCCGUAUCAAGAAAAUGUGAACCCAACAAAAUCCACACAAACGGAAGAUAUUAUUCCAGAAAAGUCGUCAACAAACGAAGCUACAUCACAGACGUGCACUUUUUUAAUUGAAAAUACCGAUUCCAGUACACAAACUACACAAAAUUUGUCAGCCAAUACACCACGUAAAAGGAAAUUGUUAAGUGACUUACGAACAGAGCGUAAAAUACGGAAAAUUUUGGAAACUCAGCAACAAUGUGCAUUUCAAAAAGAUACCAAUAUGUCACCUCAAUUACAAAAAAUUAAUCAAUUGUCAGACCCGUCUUAA